AUGGCAGCCAAGCUACCUUCAUAUAUCCUUAAUACAGGUGACAUUUUCAUCAUCUGUCACCCCUGGCAAGGAAAGAUGAUCCCUAACAUCUCUCUGGCAUCUGAAGCCCUAGCCCAACAGUCACGGACUGUACAAAUCACCCUGAUCCACGACUCGCCAGGAGUGGGCCGCAACCUGAUGGACCACAUCGCUGUAGGAGGGAUCAUCUUCCUGGUGGACUACCCGGUGUCUCUGGUGCUGCAGAGAGUGAUGAACAUCAACUCUGCCCUGCGCUACGCCAUCACGGGGGACGGCCCUCUCACCAGCUCCGUGGGCCUGGAGACUGUGGCGUUCAUCACGACCAAGUACGGCAACGUGACCGACGACUGGCCAGACAUGGAGUUCAUGUUGACGUCCACCAGCACCAUCAGUGACGGAGGGACUGUGGCCAAGCGCGCCCACGGGCUCAGGCAGGAGUACUUCGACGAGUACCUGGGGGACAUCGUCAACAAGGACGCGUUCGGGGUGUUCCCCAUGAUAUUACGGCCUAAGAGUCGCGGAUACAUCAUGCUGAGGAGUAACGACCCAAUGCAGUACCCUCUACUGUACCACAACUACCUGACAGACCCUGACGACGUGAGAGUGUUGCGGGAGGGAGUCAAGGCCGGGUUGGCCAUCGGAGAGACGGCGGCGAUGAAGAGGUUCGGAGCGAGGUUCCACCGCAGGCCUGUCCCAGGGUGUAAGCAGCUCCAACACUAA